GAGACACGGGCGGAGCGAUACCCACCUCGGGAGUUUAAACGCGGACAGACAGACAGACAGACAGACUACUAUCAAGCGUAAUAGAUGGACAAGGAUAUAGAGUCAAAUAACAGCGCAAGUUCCCGCCGGUGAGAGAACUUUAAAUCAUCUGCUCGACUUAGAUCCGGAACAACUUUUGAAACUUUGAGAGGAAGUUUUUUUUUAGAGUAUAUAUAGAGCAACAGAGGUCAACAUGGAUGAUCCUUAUCAUUUAGAAACCAUGUAUAGCUGGUUUCAGUACAGUGUGAGAAAAGCGCCUCCGCAUAUUAUAAGUCCGACUGAAGACAGAAAAUGGAAUAUCGAAUACAUAGAACCGUACGGCAGAUGCACGGUCGCCACCAGGGACAUCGCAGAGGGGGAGGUGCUGUUCGUGGACCACCCAGUCAUCACGGGGCCCAAGCAGAACUCGGAGCUCAUGUGCCUCGGCUGCUACAGGCAACUGGAGAGCUGGGACAAGUACCAGUGUGCCAAGUGCGGGUGGCCCAUGUGCAGUCCUGAGUGCGAAAGCCGCGGUUACCACCUCCUGGAAUGCACGGCUUACCAGGCAGCCAACUACAAGCCCGAGCUCAAGGAUUUUGGCGACGAUCAGUUCAUGUACGAGUCUAUGCUGCCUCUGAGGUGCUUCUUCCUCCAGAAUUUCGAGAAGGACAAAUGGGAAACCUUGAUGGCGAUGGAGAGCCACAAUGACCUCAGACGCGGCACCGAACUCUGGGACAGGGAACAGACCAACGUCGUGAACUUCAUCCGCAACAAGAUCAAAGUUGACGUCGACGAGGAGACCCUGCAUACCAUCACGGGCAUCCUGGACGUCAACUGCCACGAAGUCAGAAGCAAUAUACCCGGCACCAAGGACCAGUACCGAGUGCGGGGCAUCUACCCUCUGUGCGCCAUGAUGUCCCAUUUCUGCUCAUGCAAUACCCACCACACGCUCAUGGAUGAUAUGACGAUGGUCGUGAUCGCAUCGAGGCCUAUCAAGAAGGGAGAACAGAUGACAGCCUCCUACACGCACCUCCUCUCCGCCACGACCGAGCGGCGGAAGCACCUGAAGUACGGGAAAUUCUUCGACUGUGUGUGUGACCGCUGUGCCGACGCGACGGAGCUCGGCACUUACUUCGGGGCUCUGAAGUGCUCUCAGGCUGGAUGCGGCGGGAAUAUCCUGUGCUCUAAUCCGACGCAGGUGGAUAAUGAUGCCCCCUGGAGGUGUGACGAGUGCCAGUACGAGGUGAAGGCAGCGACGGUCGAGCGCCUCAACAAGGUCGUGGCGUGCGUGGACGGCUACCUGCUGCCGGAAUUAACAGAGGCUCAGCUGACGCGGAAGAUCGCCUGCUGCCGCGACCUGCUGAAAGUCCUCGAUGUGCUGGAUCCGGGCAUCUCGCGACUCAGGGGCCUGACCUUAUACGAGCUCCACGCCCCCCUCCUGAUCGCAGCCAACCGAGCCUUUCAGGAGACCACCCUCAGGAAGGCGCAGUUCCUGGAGAAGUUGCACGAGGCUGAAGGCUACCUGGAGAGGACGGUGUAUUGCCUGCAGUUCGAACCCAAUUCGUCGGUGGAGGGUCAGAUCUGCAAGAUCGCCCGAGGUUCCCUGGCAGAGCUUAAGACGUGGAUCCAGACGGUGAAGGAACUGCCUGUCUCACACUUCUUGCCUGAAGAGGACGAGGAGGUGAAGCCGCAGUACAGCGAGGAGGACCUGACUCUCGAAACGUUGCUGAAGAAACUGGAGGAACAGUGAAGAAGGCGAAGGAGGAGAUAACCCCAAGAUGCAAAAAGCUGAUGAAAGACAUUUGACUGAACGGAUGAAUAAAUAAAUAAAUAGGGAAAUAAAUAAAUAGACAACUGGAUAGAGAUAGAUGAAUAAAUAGAUAAAUAGAUGGAUAGAUAGGUGGAGAAAUAGAUAAACUGAUG